CUCAUUACUGUAUAAAUAGAAGAGUUCAGGUAAAGAUAAACAUCACUGUCAUCCUGCAUGAAGCACAUAGAUUUACAUCAAGCUACCAGACGCUACUGACUGUACAAGUGUGAGGUGGCUGUAAGGAAAGAUGACGGCGCUGCUGUUCUCGCUGGCUUUGCUGGCAUCUCUAAAGGUUUUCCACUCAGCUCCUGGGCUUGAUCGACCAGCUGUAUUGACAGAAACCCUCGAACGACUCUCUCUGGAAGGGGAGAAACUAAUAGGGAAGGAGGUGCAGAGAGCUCUCUAUGGAGUUAAGCAGAUGAAAGAGGUGAUGGCGAGCAAUGAGGAGAAGCAUGAGCAGCUGAUCAAGGCACUUCAAAACAGCGGAGAAAAGAAGAAGGAAGUGGCAGAGAUGGCUCAGCAUGUGGAACAGAAGUUGGAUGAAGCUAAGCAGCAGUGUAAGGAGACUUUAAAUUCCUUGUGGGAUGAGUGCCAGCCCUGCCUACAAGAUGCCUGCAAGAGCUUCUACAACAAAACCUGCCGCCGUGGCUUCGCAACUUUCUCCAGUAAGCUGGAAGGCUUCUUCCACGGACUAAGCACUCGCUUUGGUUUGCUUAGCACCCAGGAAGAACUCAGAGUGAACAAGAGCACAGAGAUACCUGACACGGACUUGAGAAGGCUAGAGGAGUCAUUUAAUGAUCUGGUCUCCAGAGUUGACAUGUUGGUGAACCGCAGCAUAGCAUUAGUGUUCCGGUUCCACAGCAAGCUGAAUGAAACGCUCCAGCAGGCCUUUGCUCCGGAGCCACAUAAAGAUACGAAGAUCAAAGCACUGGACUCGGACUUCUUACAGGGAGUAGGAGUGGGGCUCCAGGAAGUGCUGGAUUCCUUUGUUGACUUUACAAGCAGCAUGAUGGAGGAGUUUGAAUCUAUGAUCACGCAGGCCUUUGAUGACCUGCAUGGGGUCAUAGAGGAAGCAGAGACAGAGCAAGAAAAGGAGCUGCUCCCUGGAUUUAUUCAGAACAAGAAGUUGUGCCGAGAUCUGCGCAAACAUUCAGCCGAGUGCUGGCAGCUCCAGGGCAAGUGCCAAUCCUGCCAGAGACCUUUAUUCUCUGAGUGUCCAAGCAUGCAGGAGUUACACAUUGAGCUAAAUGAAGUAUCUGAGCUUCUGGAAAUUGCUAAGGAGCAGUAUGAAGAGGUUCUAGGUCUUGUGCAGCGUCACACUGUUGACACCAUCAGCUGGAUCAACAACAUGGCCGCCCAGUUUGGCUGGGUGCCAGAUCUUGGGGAUGGUGAUAUCAUGAACGAGAACGUCUUCAGCAUCACAACGGUGGAGAAUGAGGAGGCGGUUUAUGUUCCAGAAGAAGGACUAAACCUUCCAGCAGGUGACACUAAGGUUGAGGUGAACAUCCUGAAUGCUCCUCCUCUUACACUCAAUGUUCCAGGCAGCCUGCAGCCACAAGACCCUGCUUUCAUCCAAUACAUAGCCAACAAGGCUUUGGAUUUCUACAAACAAAAGAGCAGGCUGGAAGAUGCUUAAGACUUUCUUGAGAGCUGUAUCCUUUACAUUUAGAUACAUACAUGUAGAUGUAGAAAUGUAGCAUCUGUUAGCAUGGCGUAUCCUCUUAUUUCCAUUAUGUUUCAAUAUAAGAAUUAAAUUUUUUAAUAGAGCAGCCACAAAUACAGUCCAGGACGCCAGAACCAUAUGAUAACAGUUGUAUUGUAAUUCAGAAUCCAAGUCCUAAAUGAAAAACAACUUGCUGUAAUUUAUUGAUAAGUUCAAAACUCAAACACUGACCAAAUGUGCUAAUGGCAUGUAGUUCUUCAUUACCAGUUUUAGUUGCAGGUUGUAACUUUACAUAAAUGUGGAAAAGUUCAAUGAGUUUAAUAUUUAAAUACAAGUAUGGAAUGGUAAGAUAAACUUUAGUUUGGAAUUCGUUGCUAUCUGGUUAUCUAUGUUGUAGGUGAUAUUUGUAAACGAAUGUAAUAAUUGAACAUGUUGUUGUUUUGGGUUGUUAUUGACCUAGUUGUCAGAUAUUAGCCUAAAAAAAAUCAUCCAGGCCACUUGACACUGGAUUAAGUGUAAUGUUGCAUGUUAAUCAAAAUGAGUUUGAUCAAGACCCCCUCGAUCUAAAGUGUAUAACAUCACGAUAUGUUUAUUCUAAUAAUGCUUAAACAUUCAGCAUUAUAAACUUCCAUCGCGUUGUGUGUUUUAAUUUUACUUUGUACUGUACAUGUAGUAGAUCAGUGUGACGUAAUAAACCUGAUCGAGCUCUCAAAUAAACAAGGCUUUACCUGAAAAA